AUGGAGAGAAUCUUGACCAGAGAUAAAGUCCGAGAGCACGCCGCGGAGGACGACGGUUGGCUUAUUAUUGAUAAUGUCGUGUGGGACGUGACGGGAUUCGCCGAAGAACACCCUGGGGGAGCUGAAAUUAUCAUCAAUUCUCUCGGGAGGGACGCUAGAAAGGCCUACAAUGCUGUUCAUAGUCCCAAGACCGUGCUGGGUUAUUUUGGACCGUCACGGAUCGUCGGGAGGUUGGAUGAAGCAGCGGACCUUGCAGACUCGUCAAGCAGCCGCAGCCAACCAACUAAGGAGAACAAGCCCAUGAUCGAGUUACGCACCCUUGUCAGCCUGCACGAUAUUGAACGGGUGGCGUUGGAAUACCUGCCUCCUCUGACUAGAGCUCAGAUUUCGGCUGGAGCCAACGAUAAUCGUACCACCAAAGCAAACGCCUCCUCUUUUCAGGACAUUUACUUCCGUCCUCGGGUUCUCUCUUCAUCUCGAAACGUGGACUGCAAGACUCGAAUUCUGGGAAGAGAGUAUGCCAUUCCAGUUUUCAACGCUCCGGCAUCCCUGGCAAAACUGGUACAUCCGGAUGGAGAACUUGCAAUAGCUCGAGGAUUGGCUGCCAAGGGAUCCACCAUUAUCAUCCCUACGAUGGGCUCGUUUUUACCCGAGGAAAUUGUCGCUGCUCUCCCCCCAGGCCACCCAUUUUUCUUUCAACUAUACGUGGGGACUAACCGUGAAUCAACAAAAAGACUGCUAGAAUCAGUUGUUGCGCUCAAGGCCGAAGCCAUAAUCGUCACCAUCGACCUGCCAGUCAUUGGCAAGCGAGACGAUGUAAGGCGUCUUCAAAUUCAAGCCUCGCCACCAAACAACAACAAAGAAACGAGCAAAUCGGCUUCGAACUUGGCCAUCGACCCAGACUUAUCAUGGCCAGACAUCCACUGGAUUCGGAAGAUCACAGGCUUGCCGGUAUUUGUGAAAGGCAUUCAAUCAGCUGAGGAUGCAAAAAGAGCCUUGUCCGAAGGUUGUGCGGGCAUCUACAUUUCCAACCACGGGGGGAGGGCGGUUGACACGGCCCAGCCCUCGAUAUUGACCCUGUUGGAGAUUAACAUCCAUUACCCCGAGGCCCUGGAGCAGAUGGACGUGUUCAUAGAUGGUGGCAUCAGGCGCGGGACUGACAUAUUGAAAGCCAUCUGCCUCGGAGCUAGCGCUGUCUGCCUCGGCCGGCCGAUCCUACAUGCGUUGGCCUACGGUCAAAAUGGGAUUGAACAUGCUCUCAAUAAUGAGUUACCCGAGAUCUACCCAGAGAGCUCCCAGCUAACAUUGUGCAGCCUUGAAAGAAGAACUAGAGGUGGCAAUGCAACUAUGUGGGAUCAAGUCGCUUGA